CCGUACAGUGCAGUUAAAAAGUGACAUAUGUAGUUGUUUUUGUAGACCUUGUGGUCCCUUUGGCCUUCCACACCCCUCUGCUGUGCGCUGAUUGGAGGAUUGCUCAGCACCGAGCUGCACGAGCGGAAUGUAUCUGACUCCGGUUACUAGUAACAUAAAAACAACGCUGGAGACUCCGAGCCUCGCUUUCACACCCACAUGUACUGGAUAAAUCCGCUUUUAAUUCAUAUUUCGGGACAUUUCUACGACCUUUUGCCUUGAGACUACCAUUACCCAGUUCUCCUCUACCUGUUUUGUAAGGAUGUUUUAAAUGUUGGUGUGAAUUUGUUAAAUAGCUCCGUUGAGGGAUUGUGUGCACAUUGGUGCUGCUGCUCCUUGAAAGUAGUCUGGAAAUUCCCUCAAGGUGGGACGCCUUGUCCUUCAACACUCAUGAAUCUGGCCAGGCCGUGCUGUCUGAAACAUCAUGCCUUGCUGCACUGGCUCCCUGCUCAGGGUUUUAACCAGGAGGAAUCCAUGAUUAGGCUUUGAAGUCCUCACCACUCUGUCUUGCUGUCCUGCUGUCUGUAUCCUGAGACGUGUCCCUCCACACCAUCACUCUACAGCACCGAACCAUCUGCUGCCUCUCAUCCUUUAACUGGCACAAUGAAGACAAUCAGGGUCUUCUUUGCAGUGUUUGGAGUCUUCCUUCUCAUCAGUCAAUCAGAAGGUGGGCAGAAUCCAGACUACGUGCUCCACGGCACGGGAGUGAAACAUGGAGAGCCAAAAAAAUCUCAGGCAGAGGACGGCUCCACCGUGGCACCGGAAGACGCUGCGCGAUUCCUCAGCUGUUACUGCUCAGGCCACUGCCCAGAGGACGCCACCAACAGCACCUGCGAGACCAACGGGCAGUGCUUUGCCAUCAUCGAGGAAGACGAGCAUGGUGAAGCUGUUCUCACAUCUGGAUGUAUGAAAUAUGAAGGUUCCCACUUCCAGUGCAAGGAUUCUCCCAACGCUCAGAUGAGGAGGACGAUAGAGUGCUGUUCCACAAACUUCUGUAACAGAGACUUGCAGCCUACUCUCCCACCUCCUGUUAUCCAAGACCCCUUAUUUGUGAAUGCCCACUGGCUGGCCUUCUUGAUCUCUGUGACCGUGUGCUGCUUCACACUCAUCGCAAUUACCAUUGUGUGCUACUACAGGUAUAAGCUACAGACGGAGAGGAGACGCUACCAAAGAGACCUGGAGCAGGACGAGGCCUUCAUUCCUGUUGGCGAGUCUCUGAAAGACCUGAUCAGCCAGUCGAGCACCGGCUCAGGAUCAGGCCUCCCCCUGCUGGUGCAGCGCACUAUUGCUAAACAGAUCCAGAUGGUGCGUCAGAUUGGGAAGGGGCGCUAUGGUGAGGUGUGGCUCGGCCGCUGGAGAGGAGAGAAAGUGGCAGUAAAGGUGUUUUUCACUCGUGAGGAGACCAGCUGGUUCAGGGAGACGGAAAUCUACCAGACUGUAUUGAUGAGACAUGAGAACAUUCUCGGUUUUAUUGCAGCUGACAUUAAGGGCACCGGAACCUUCACGCAGCUCUUCCUCAUCACCGACUACCAUGAGAACGGCUCUCUGUACGACUACCUGAAGUUCACCACCCUGGACACUCAGGCUCUGCUGAAGCUGGCCUACUCUGCAGCGUGUGGUCUGUGCCACCUCCAUACUGAGAUCUAUGGCACGCAAGGCAAACCAGCCAUCGCUCACCGAGAUCUGAAGAGCAAGAACAUCCUCAUCAAGAAGAACGGCACUUGCUGCAUCGCUGAUCUGGGUCUGGCUGUUAAAUACAACAGUGACACUAAUGAGGUGGACGUCCCUCUGAGUACACGGAUGGGAACACGGAGGUAUAUGGCCCCUGAGGUUUUGGAUGAGACGAUGAAUAAGAAUCAGUUCCAGGCUUACAUCAUGGCAGACAUUUACAGUUAUGGCCUGGUGGUUUGGGAGAUGGCCCGCCGAUGUGUGACAGGAGGCAUUGUGGAAGAGUACCAGUUACCAUACUGGGACGCAGUUCCUUCAGAUCCAUCUUACGAGGACAUGAGGGAAGUCGUGUGUGUAAAGGGCAUGCGGCCUACGGUCUCCAAUCGCUGGAACAGCGACGAGUGUCUCAGAGCCAUGCUGAAGCUGAUGUCCGAGUGCUGGGCCCAUAACCCAGCGUCUCGCCUCACUGCUCUGAGAAUAAAGAAAACACUUGCCAAAAUGGUGGAAUCACAAGACAUCAAAAUAUGAAGUACAUCACUACACAUUACACUGUGUGCUUCUGUGGCAGAGUGGAAAUGUGAACUCCUUUGAACCAGGAAUUGUUCCCAAACAUAAAUGUGAAGCGGAGUGCUACAGAGCAGAGCACUUCUCUUUCACUGAAAUCCCUCAGUGUCCCUGUAGCACCCUCUGCUGGACUGGGAGUGCCAUGUCACCACUUCAAAGAAGUCGACAGACCUAGUGUGGGUCUAUUUGAUCUUAAACACUAACUAAGUAGAGUGAUCUAGCUGUUUCCCUACUUCAACCGUCCAUCCUCUUUUACUUUAGACAGUCUAUUAGCAGAGAUCUGCCAAAUAAAUUGCUUUCUGUGAAAGCUCUGUGUGUCAUGAUGCAAAUGGCAGCACAUACCAACGGAGUGGAAAUCCGGAAGUACAAGACCGUUUUGGAGAAGGCUGAUUCAUUCUCUAUAUAGUAUCGUUCUUCCAUCCCUCAGCAGCCGGAGAGAUGUACGCAUCAGAGUGGAGGUAUUCUUCCAUGCGGACUCGAAAUGACUGCUCUGAAUACGGAUUAUGUGCAGCACACAAUACAGGUGCAAAGGAAAGCAAACUGUUAUUUUAAAUGAUAUUCUCUCAUAUUAUUAUCGAUUAGUAAAUAUUAUUCAUCAAUAAUGUUAUUGAUAUUUAAAAAAAAAAUUCUCACGUGAAGAGUUUCUUACACAUUCUCUAUUUUAAAAAAUCUGUCCAAUUAAUAUUGAUGUGUUGUCCAAAAAUAUUUGGAUGAUGUAUUCGGUGCGGAUGGAAGUAUAGGGGCAGGGCCGUUUUGAGCUAUAACCAGUGUAAGCGGUCAUCUGGGGCUGACAGUGUAAUCACAAAUUUUCCACACCAUGAUACAGAAAUCAUUCUACACUUUAUAAAUGGCUGUCAGUCAUCUACAGUCCCCUCCACUUAUAUUGGCACCCUUGGUAAAUAUGAGCAAAGAAGGCUGUGAAAAAUUGUCUUUAUUGUUGAACCUUUUGCUGUUUUGUUAAAAGAAAUUCACAAAAAUAUUCUGCUCUCAUGGAUAUCAAACAAUUGCAAACAAAACACAGGUUUAUCAAAAAAAAUCUUUGUUAAAUAUAGGUGUGCAACAAUUAUUGGCACCCUUUUAGUCAAUACUCUGUGCUACCUCCCUUUGCCAAGAUAACAGUUCUGAGUCUUCUCCUAUAAUGCCUGAUGAAGUUGUAGAAUUCAUGGCAAGGGAUCCGAGACCGUUCCUCCAUACAGAAUCUCUCCAGAUCCUUCACAUUUCGAGGUCCACGCUGGUGGACUCUCCGCUUCAGUUCACUGCACAGGUUUUCUAUGGGUUUCAAGUCAGUGGACUGGGAUGGCCAUGGCAGGACCUUGAUUUUGUGGUCAGUAAACCAUUUUACCAUGGCCUGUUGUAAGCUUUCUGGCAGAGGCAGUCAGGUUUUCAUUUAAUAUCUGGUGAUAUUUGAUAGAGUCCAUGAUGCCAUGUAUCCUAACAAAAUGUCUAGCUCCUCUGGCAAAAAAAACAGCCGCAAAACAUGAAAGAGCCACCACCAUAUUUAACCGUGGACAUGAGGUGCUUUUCCACUGUGCUUUUUCUCUGUGUGCGCCAAAACCACCUUUGGUGUUUAUUGCCAAAAAGCUCUAUUUUGGUUUCAUCUGACCAUAGAACCCGAUCCCAUUUGAAGUUCCAGUAGUGUCUGGAAAACUGAAGACACUUGAAUUUGUUUUUGGAUGAGAGUAGAGGCUUUUUUUUUUUAAACCCUUCCAAACAACUUGUGGUGAUGUAGAUGACUUCAGAUUGUAGUUUUGGAGACUUUCUGACCCCAAGACACAACUUGUGCAAUUCUCCAGCUGUGAUCCUUGGAGAUUUUUUGGCCACUCGAACCAUCCUCUUAACAGUGCGCUGAGACAAUAUAGACACGUCCAAUUCCAGAUUAAUUCAUAACAUUUCCAGUUGACUGGAACUUCUUAAUUAUUACUCUGAUGGUGGAAAUUGCCAUUUUCAAUGCUUGUGCUAUUUUCUUAUAGCCACUUCCCAUUUUGUGAAGCUCAACAAUCUUUUGCUGCACAUCACAGCUAUAUUCCUUCCUCUAACCCAUCUUUAUGAAUAACUAAGGGAAUUUAGCCUAUGUGUUGCCUCAUAUUUAUACCCCUGUGAAACAGGAAGUCAUGGUUGAACAAUUUCCUGUUCCUAGUCACCAGGUCUACUAAAAAAUUUAAAAUAUCAAUGGGAAUAUACUUCAAAUAUAUUUUUAUCAUAUGAUUUCAUUGGCGUGCCAAUAAUUGUUGUACUAUAUUUAACAAAUAUUUUUUGAUAAAUUGUUUGAUAUCCAUGAGAGCAGAGUAUUUUUGUGAAUUUUUUCUUUAUCACAAGAUCAAAAGGUUAAACAAAAAAAGACAAUUUUUCACAGCAUUCUUUUGCUCAUAUAUAUCAAGGGUGCCAAUAUUAGUGGAGAGCACUGUACUCUGUCUAACAAGCAUGGUUUGGUUGACUAUGAUGCAGUGCCAUGUAGCCUCACAUCAUCCACAUUACAUUUUACAUUCUCAUUUCAUCAUUUGGCUGCCACUUUUAUCCACACUGACUUACAGGGUUAAGGGCCUUGCUCAUGGACCCAACAGUGGCAGUGUUCAUGAUCUGAACUAAAGCACUAAACCAUCACUGCUUUAAACAUGCCAAUAAAUCACAUUAAUAUAUGCCAGAUAGGAUUCAUAUGAGUUUACUUUGAAGAGUUUUGGUUAAUGUGACUGAUUACUUAUAGAAUCUCAUAAAUACCAGAUGGGAUUGAAGAAUACAGCUGCAUGUGUUAUUUAUUCAAAUCAUGUCAUGUUGAAUGAACUAUUGUGGUAAAAAAAAAAAAAAAAAAACCAGAAGAAAAUACUCAUUUUAAAAAUGGCAUACUCCAUAUUAUUACAGAACAGCUUGACAUUAAAUUAAUGUUCCGUUCUUACUGUACAGUUAAAACCAACAAAUAAUCCAUCUUUUUUAGUUUUAAAAAUGAUUACCUUUAUGAAUGAAACCUGAGAAUUGUUCCAGAAAACAGAGUAUACUGAUUCCAGUAAUUACAUGAAUUCUGCACACAAAAUUAAAUUCAUUGUGCUAAUUAUCUGCAUACCUAUAUUUAGCCUGGUUAAUUGAAUUUAUGUAACUAUUGAUUUUAAAUGAGUUUAGUUAUUCCCACCAAAACCCUUUACUGCUAUGUCCGUGCCAUCUGAGAUAGGAACACAGUUUCUGGCAAUUAAUUUGUAUUCCAUGCUCAGACCUUCAAAAUACACCACAGUGUCCAUGUGUUAAUAUGCAUCAGAGCUUGUUUUGUGUAAUUACUAAAGCUCAACACCUAUGCACUCAAAAUCGGUUCAUCAGCACAUGCCCGUUACCUUGUUCUUGAUUAAUAAAUGUGUUGUAGCCAGUAGAAAUUAAUCUGUAUCAUUAUUUGACUACAGAAUUUUUAUCCUUGUCUUGUAUGUCCAGUGUGCAAAAGAAGCUUGUGUAUAAUUAUUUUUUUUUGUUCGUUUAUUUGUUUUGUACAGCAUCUGGUUAAAAAAAGGGUGCCUUAUGUUUACCAAGAAAAGCUGUUCUGUACAUAGAAUUUGUCCAAUGUAUCGAUUUUAAAGUAAAUAAUAUUUUAGUAUGCAACCCUUUGUAAUUCUUUUGACUGAAUAAGGUUGUUUCUCCCCGUACUUGAAUUAUGCAGAUCAUGAGGUUAAGAAAUUACUAAUAAGGUAAGGGAAGCAUGGUCUCUUAUUUAGAUCAUGCUUAAGUCUAGACAUAAGUGAUGUUUCUUUAACCAAAUAUGUACCAGAAAUAUUAUUGAUGUUAGACCGAAGACGUGUGCCAUGAUCACCAUGAACUAUUGGCACGGUUUAUUUGAUUGGAGCUGUUAAAAGGUGCAGUUGUAUUUUUCUGUUCAAAAUUAGCUAGCCAAGAAGAACAAGAAGCCUUUGUCAUAUAUACAGCACUGUGCAGUAGUCUUAGGCACAUGCAUAGAAAUGCUGUAGAGCAAUGAUGCCUUCAAAUAUAAUGAAAUUAAAUGGUUCUACAUUUUAAAAAAUAUUAGAGAGAGCAGUAAACUGUAAUAAAUGAAAAAGUCGAUAUUUGGUGUGAUGACCAUUUGCUUUAAAAAAUGUAUUACUAGUCACGGGUACAAUUAGUGCAGUUUUAUAAGGAAAUGAGCUGUAAGUUUUAUUGAGCAUCUUGCAGAACCAGUCACGGUUCUUCUGGAGAUUUUGACUGUCGCACUUGCUUCUUAUUUUUGCAGCAAAACCCAGCAGCCUUCAUUUUUGUGUUUUUUGUCUGAAAAGUGUCUCUUACGUAAUAUGCUGCUUUCUUUCCUGACAUACAAACAUUUUUCUGUAACAUUUCAUUUUGUGCUGGAAAACUAAUGUUUGGGAAUUUCAAAUGUUUAUGUACUGACUCGAUAAUGUAGAAGUCAUUAAAGAAAAAAUCUCUAACAAAGCUUGUACUAAACAAAAUAGGGUGCACAGGAAUGUACAUUACAACACAGUGAAAUUCUUUUCUUCGUGUACCCCAGCUUGUUAGGAAGUUGGAGUCGGAGCACAGGGUCAGCCGUGAUAUGGUGCCCCUGGAGUAGCGAGGCUUAAGGGCCUUGCUCAAGGGCCCAACAGUGGCAGCUUGGUGGUGCUGAGGCUUAAACAGCUGACCUUCUGAUCAGUAACCCAGAGCCUUAACCAUGUACUGUUUUAAAAAUGCACAUAGUGGUUGAAGAUAAGCAGUAUAAAUAAUGAACCAGAAGAAAUUUAUCAACCGAUUGAAGCUUUUCUACAAUUAAUUAAUGACAAUGGCAGAUAAUAUAUCAAAUUUACAUUUAUUCAUUUAGCAGAGGCUUUUAUUCAAAGCAACUUAAAAAUGAGCAAAUACAAGCAAAGCAAUAUAUCAAGCAGACAGCAAUACAAGUAUUGCUACCAUUCAAUAUAUUUUUUAAUUGAGUUCUAGAGAAGUGUGCAGAGUAAAGGUGUAAGAGCCAGUGUGUAUGUGCAGUGUUUUUUUUGUUUUGUUUUGUUUUUUCUUUCAUUGGGGACAAGUUAAAAUGUUUUGGGCAAAACUGCUACACGUAGCUCUUUUCCUCUAUUGCUUGAUUCGAUCUUGGCUAUGUUUUACUAGAAAGUAAUUACUCUAUCAAAGAGUCACUUUUUGUGUUAACCUGUCUGUUAUGACCUCAUGGUAUCCACUGGCCAGUUUAACAAAGUGUCAUUGAAGCUUUGAAGCAUCACAGCAACACAGCAAGGUUGAACAGCAGGACCUGUCUGUGUUUUUGCCGUUUUAAAAAUGGCCACAAGAGGGCACUCGAAUACAAACAUGUACAACACAAAAUAAU